CUCGCUCUGUGUGUGUGUCUCGCGCAGAUUACAAAGAGGAUUCUACGGAGAGAGCGCGCAAUGUAGCAACGAGAUGUAGCGAACCGAGCCACCAUUAACGCGCACGAGAGUCCAUUUUCACCGGACCGAGCGGACUGAACUAUGCCCAGCGCCGACAGAACUUUACCUGAAGUCGACAGGAACACUUUCUUACACUGCGACAUGGUGGAUCGGGGUGGCGAUGUGAACACACUCAGCGUGCCAAUGGUCAUGCGUAGAGGAGGCUCAGAGACAUGCUUAGACCUGGACACAACAGACCUGGUGGGACGAGACACCCCGCGAUCUCGUUCUGGCCUGGACAGCCUGCAGCAGAAAGUUCUCAAGGUGAAAGAGCAGCUGCGAAUCGAGCAAAAUUUGCAGGAUGAGAACGUGGCUGAGUAUCUCAAGCUCAUUAACAGCGCCGACAAGCAGCAAAGCAGCCGCAUCAAACAAGUGUUUGAGAAAAAGAACCAGAAAACGGUGCACAAUAUCGCUCAACUACAGAAGAAGCUGGAGCAGUAUCAGCGUAAGAUGAAGGAGUAUGACGUCUCGAAUGGGACCAAACUCACGCCACCACACUCCAAAGACUACAGCGAGUUGCCCAAAGACAACCUCAAGGAGAGCAUGGUCACAGGUAGUGGGCGGCACCUACAUUUGGAUAAGGUCAAAACAAUUGGCCCGGGAGUCUCGCUGUCACCGCCUUUCUUCUUCAGCAAGCCCAGAGAGAUCGCGAACCUCAUUCGCAACAAGUUCGGCAGUGCGGACAACAUUGCACACCUAAAGAGCUCGAUGGAGACGGGAAGUGGGCUGCAGGUGGAAGGGGGAAGUCGAGCUUUGAGUGGCAGUGCUACGCUAACCUCUAAACCUAAAUAUCCCAGUGAUGACGAGUGCUCCACGGAGACGUCAGUAUCUGUGGAAAGUAACGGCCAUGUGAGUGGAUCAGGUGCGACGGGACACCAUAGUGAAUCUGGAAAGGAAGGAGGACAUAACGACAGCAGCAGCCGAAUAGCGGAGGCCUGGGAGGAGAUCAGGGAGUUGAGGGAGGCUCAGAAUCUGCUGGCUGAAGACGUCGAGAGCUUGAAGACACAGUUUAAAUGUGAAUUUGAGCAUGUUACGCAAACACUUCAAGAGGAGCGGUACAGGUGUGAACGGUUGGAAGACCAGCUGAACGACCUCACAGAGCUCCAUCAGAACGAGACAGCGAACCUCAAACAAGAGCUAGCAAGCAUUGAGGAGAAGAUAGCCUAUCAGGCCUAUGAACGAGCCAGAGAUAUACAGGAUGCAUUGGAGGUUUGUCAGACGCGAGUGAGCAAAUUAGAGUUGCAGCAACAGCAGCAGCAGGUCUUGCAGUUAGAAAGCGCAGAUGCCAAAGUGCUGCUGGGAAAAUGCAUCAACAUCAUGCUGGCCAUUGUCACGGUGAUAUUGGUGUGCGUCUCCACAGCUGCUAAGUUCUCCGCACCGCUACUACGGAGUCGUCUCCACAUGUUCGGAACCUUUGUAUGUGUGUGUCUACUGGCAUUUGGCUGGAGCAACUGGGAGCAUUUGCAGUGUGCCGUAGAACGAAUGCUGCUGCCCAGAUGAAUGACGACAAACGUGUUUCUAUGUGCGUCACUGGCAUUGUUUAAAGAACUCCUUCAUGGACUUCCCCCUUCGCAUUGUGACUGUCCCAGGACAAUGGCUUUAAUAAACACUGUGUGUUUGUGUGUGUGUGUGUGUGUGUGUGUGUGUGUGUGUGUGAGGGAGUAUUCAUGAUGUACUGUAGAAGAAACGGGUCCAUCUCUCUGACUGUAUUGUGUUCAUGCGAUUAACAUGUUUCUAUUUGUUUGCUGUCUUAAAAGUAAAGGUUCACUUUUUUACACUUCUGUUUUAUGUACCUUUUUAAGUAGGACUUGAUAGAUGGCAACAGCGUGUUUAGGUAAUUCUUAUGAAAAAUAUGUCUGGGUCAUAUAUCUCUCCAAAAUACAUGAAACAAUUUUAAGUUAUAUUUUGUAUAAAGAAAAUGGUGCUGUUUUUGCUCCAUUUCAUUUUUUUUUCUUUUUCUUUUUCUUUUAAUUGUAAAAUUAUUUUCAUGCAAAUUAAGCACAUUUCCACUGCAGUUGUCAUUACUGUAAUGCAUCUGGAUGUUUGUAAUUACCACCAUUUAUAUAAACAUUAUUCUCAAUGAAGAUUUGUAUUUAAAGCAUCAUAAAUUAAAGACAUCCAUUAAACCACUAUUAUUUAUAAAUACUUAAUGUAUUUAUUUUGCAUUAUGGUAAUAUAUAUAUAUAUAUAUAUAUAUAUAUAUAUAUAUAUAUAUAUAUAUAUAUAUAUAUAUAUAUAUAUAUAUAUAUAUAUUAGAGUAAUGAGAAUUUAAAGGGGAAUUUGCUAAAUUGUCAUGAAAAUAAUGUCAGAAAUCAAACCAAAAAAUCUUAAAUAGGCUUUAUUUUCUAGCCUAAUAUAGACGCUUUUUUUCAUUUUUGGGCAAAAUAUGACCUGUACAUGACCUUGAAAAGCUCCAUGAUUCAUCUGUUUACUAAGAUAAAAUAUUCAAUUAUUAUUUUGUACUAUUGAUAUGGCCUAAAGUUCUUUUCACUGGCACUUUUAAAUUUUUUGACAGUUAAUCUGCAGUUUGUGCAGUGGUGCCCUGUAAUGAGCACAAAAGACAGAAACAAACUUUAUUAUUAUUAACAGAAAUGCCUUCGAAUCUAUAGAAACAAGAACAUGAUACAUCUCUGUUGAGUAUAUAUAACCCAUUUUGAGCUAUUUUUAUGCAUUUUCAAUUUUCUUUAUUUUAUGUUUUAAUGAAUCCCACAAUGCAAAGUGAUGUAGGCAUUUUAACACGAUUCUUUCAGUGUGUGCCUGCCUUUGGUUUUGACUGAAGAUUAUGUAAACCAUAAAAUCAGAGUUCUCAGCUCUGUAGGUUCAUACAAUGCAAGUUAAUGGAUACCAAAACCUUGAAGCUCCAAAAAGCACAUAUAGCCAUCAUAAUAGUAAUCCAUAUGACUAAGUGGCUCAACUAAUGUCUUCUGAAAUGAAACGAUAGGUGUGUAAGAUCAAUAUUUAAAAAAAAGUUUUUUAAUAAAAAUGUUCGCUUCCAGCCAGAUGUGGUAUGAACAGUCACGAGGGUUCAAACUGCCUCUUGCAUGACUUAAGCGCAUUGGCAUGUCGAUAUUGUAGGAUCUGUCGGCUGGUCUGAAAUCAGCAGGGGGAAAAUGUGCACUGCACUGCACCCAAUUUUUUUUUCUUUUUCCUUUUUUUCCCAAUUUGGAAUGCCCAAUUCCCAAUGUGCUUUUAAGUCCUCAUGAUCGCGUAGUGAUACGCCUCAGUCUGGGUGGCAGAGGACAAAUCCCAGUUGCCUCUGUGUCUGAGGAGGUCAAUCCGCACAUCUUAUCACGUGGCUUGUUGAGCGUGUUGCCACAGAGACAUAGCGCAUGUGGAGGCUUCCACCGCAGCAACCACGCUCAACUCCGAGAACGAACCACAUUAUAGCGAUCACGAGGAGGUUACCCCAUGUGACUCUACCCUCCCUAGCAACCGGGCCAAUUUGGUUGCUUAGGAGACCUGGCUGGAGUCACUCAGCACACCCUGGGAUUCGAACUAGCGAACUCCAGGGGUGGUAGCCAGCGUCUUUACCACUGAGCUACCCAGGCCCCCAUGCACAUCUUCAAUAUUGAGUGAUUCAGUGGGUGUUUUGAUAUCCCAGUGAACAGUGAGCAGCCAUAGUAGCUUCAGUCGCUCAGGAUCAUUGAUAUGCGAUUAUACCCACGGACAUAAUUAACGUUUUUCAGUAGGUUGAAGCAUCCAGGAUAAGCACACGCAUGCACCAUCUUGAAAAAGAAACAGAUACAAAUAAAAAUCUAUAGCAAAAUCAGUUAGUUUCUGUAUAACAUUCCUCAACACAGUGCUUAAGUAUUUUACGUAUUUCACGUGUCAGUUCUCGCGUGAACUUUCCAACACGCUUACGUCACGUGAGAGGCAGCAUGUAUUCGACCUUCGUGACUGUGCAUACCACAGCUGUGCGGAAGUGAAAUUUUAUAGUUAAAAAAGUUUUACAUAUUGAUUUUUUUUCUUACACAGCGUUUCACUUCAGAAGACAUUAUUUAAUGCACUGGAGUCUUAUGGAUUACUUUUGUGCUGCUUUUAUGUGCUUUUUUGAGCUUCAAGAUUUUGGCACCCAUUCACUUGCAUUGUAUGAACCUACAGAGCUAACAUUUUCUUACAAAAAUCUUCAUUUGUGUCAUACACAAUUGGGAUGGCAUGAGUGUGAGUAAAUGUUGACAGAAUUUUCAUUUUUGGGUGAACUAUUCCUUUAAUAUAAAUGCAAGUCCACUUAUCUGACUUAUAUUUUAGAUCUGCUUAUCUAAAAUAAAAACUAACACAAAAAAAAAGUGCACAACACAACUGAAAAACUGUUUUUAUGCUGUUUGUGUCGAAUGUAUGUGAAUUUGACAUAUGAUUGUCUUGUAAUGUUGUGAAUGCUCAAGAAAGAAAAAACUGAAAUAGUCCACAUCACAAUGGAACAUAAAAGGAGGGACCUGAGACAUUUUGUGACUAGAAAAUCACAAACACUUUGGUGGCGUGUUCUUUUCACUUGGGCCACUAAGCAACCACCCAGAACUCCCAAGCAACUGCAUAGCAUCGCCACUGCAACCACUCAGAACACUCUAGCAACCAUAGAGAAAUGCGUUUAAAAGCACUGAGAACACCUUAGCAACUGCAUAGAAACGCAUCUGCAACCACAAAGCAAUGCACUAAAAAGCACUGAGAAUGUAAAAUAUUGGAAGUGGUUGGCUGGUUUUGGUUAGGUACUACAAGGAUGGUGUGUCCAUUAAAACACAAUAAAUCAGAA